UCCACUCUGAGAGAAAGAACACCACACCACGCCUCACUCUCCCACUACUCCCACUACUCCCUCUCCUCUCCACUAUACUCUCUCUCUCUCUCUCUCUCUCUCUCUCUCUCUCUCUCUAAAAGUGGGGGUGGUUCGCAUAGAGCGCGUUGGGGUGCUCUCUCUCCCAGGGCGAUCGAUGGGGAAGCUAUGAGGACGUACGCAUCGUACUAUUAUGCGACUAUGCGGCACGGCCCAUCGGAGGAACACGCGGGGUGCGGGUGCGACCUCCUGUGCGGCGAGGACGAGGGCGCGCUCGGCGAGGACUCGGCGCCGAGUUUCGCCCUCCCCGGCGAUGACGAUCCCGAGUUCCCCGACGACUCGGACGAGUCCAUCGCCGGGUUCAUCGAGGGCGAGUCCCAGUACUCGCCCGGGUUCGACUACCCGGACCGGUUCCGGUCGCGCUCGCUCGACCCCUUCGCCCGGGCCGAGUCCGUCGCCUGGAUCCUCAAGGUUAAGGAGUAUUACAGUUUCCGUCCGUUAACGGCGUAUCUCGCCGUUAACUACGUGGAUCGGUUCCUCUCCCGUCACCAUUUACCGGAAAAUGGAUGGGCACUGCAACUCUUAGCAGUGACUUGCCUCUCUCUUGCUGCAAAGAUGGAGGAAACAAUGGUCCCAUCCCUCUUGGACCUGCAGGUCGAAGAUGCAAGAUAUAUUUUUGAGCCUCGAACCAUAAGACGGAUGGAACUACUAGUCCUCACUUCACUAAAUUGGAGGCUUCGAUCCGUGACACCAUUUACUUUUGUCGAUUUCUUCGCAUACAAGAUCGACUCCUCCGGAAAAUACGCGAAAUAUCUGGUUUCGCGUGCGACACAAAUUAUUUUAGCUACAAUCCAAGAUGUGGACUUCUUGGAUCACUGCCCAUCAUCAAUGGCUGCAGCUGCCAUAAUAUGUGCUACUGAUGAGACACCAGCUCUAGCAUUUAUUAAUCCUGAGAUUGCUGUUACAUGGUGUAUUGGACUCACAGAGGAAGGGAUCAGCAACUGCUACCAGCUAAUGCAGCAAAUAGCUAUUGGUAUAAUACAGAGGAAGCAACCAAUGAUCCUCUCUCAGCUCAGAGUAACAACCUCAACAGUUAAUUUGGGCCCAGGGGUCUCAUCCUCCUCCUCUUCUCCUCCAUCCAAGAGAAGGAAACUCAAUAGCAAUUGUGGUGGAAUAAAAAUGAGAAAAUACACUGCAGAUGUGGACUUCUUGGAUCACUGCCCAUCAUCAAUGGCUGCAGCUGCCAUAAUAUGUGCUACUGAUGAGACACCAGCUCUAGCAUUUAUUAAUCCUGAGAUUGCUGUUACAUGGUGUAUUGGACUCACAGAGGAAGGGAUCAGCAACUGCUACCAGCUAAUGCAGCAAAUAGCUAUUGGUAUAAUACAGAGGAAGCAACCAAUGAUCCUCUCUCAGCUCAGAGUAACAACCUCAACAGUUAAUUUGGGCCCAGGGGUCUCAUCCUCCUCCUCUUCUCCUCCAUCCAAGAGAAGGAAACUCAAUAGCAAUUGAAGGAUCACAACACAAGGCUCACAAUAAGUAAAUUAAUUAUCUAUGAAUUUCUUAUUGGGUUUUUGCAGAUUCCUCAGUAUUUUUUUUGUCUUAGAGGAGUUUGGGUGGUGUUUUGGUUAGUUUAACAAGUGUGCAGAGAUUAGUAUAAUAUUGGUUUGUGUCCCAAGAGUUAGGUCUGGUGCAUGGGAGAUGAUUUUUUUAUUUCUUUCUUUUAUUUUCCCCUCUUUUUG